GCUCGCGGUCCGCCGCCCCCGCCCAUGCGGACGCCCGCCCGCCGCCCGGUGCGCCCUCGCCCGAGGGCCAGCUGAGCGCGGACCGCCCGCGGCGGCGCGAGGUGGGCCCGGCCCGGCGCUGCCCUCGACAGCGGCAAGUUUGGGAGUUGCACUAGUUUGCGGGGUGGGGGAGAGGCCGGGCGGGGCGCCAUGGAGGAGGACCGGGGGUCGUCGCUGGCGGCCGAGUCGGCGCUGGAGAAGAACGUGGCGGAGCUGACCGUCAUGGACGUGUACGACAUCGCGUCGCUCGUGGGCCACGAGUUCGAGCGGGUCAUCGACCAGCACGGCUGCGAGGCCAUCGCGCGCCUCAUGCCCAAGGUCGUGCGUGUCCUGGAGAUCCUGGAGGUGCUGGUCAGCCGCCACCACGUCGCGCCUGAGCUGGACGAGCUGCGCCUGGAGCUGGACCGUCUGCGCCUGGAGAGGAUGGACCGCAUCGAGAAGGAGCGCAAGCACCAGAAGGAGCUGGAGCUGGUGGAGGACGUGUGGCGGGGGGAGGCGCAGGACCUCCUCUCUCAGAUUGCCCAGCUGCAGGAGGAAAACAAGCAGCUCCUGACCAACCUCUCGCACAAAGACGCCAGCUUCUCGGAGGAGGAGUUCCAGAAGCACGAAGGCAUGUCGGAGCGCGAGCGGCAGGUGAUGAAGAAGCUGAAGGAGGUGGUGGACAAGCAGCGGGACGAGAUUCGCGCCAGGGACAGGGAGCUGGGUCUGAAGAACGAAGACGUGGAGGCCCUGCAGCAGCAGCAGACGCGGCUGAUGAAGAUCAACCACGACCUCCGGCACCGCGUCACAGUGGUGGAGGCCCAGGGGAAGGCCCUGAUCGAACAGAAGGUGGAACUAGAGGCAGAUCUGCAAACCAAGGAACAGGAGAUGGGCAGCCUGCGGGCAGAGCUCGGGAAGCUGCGAGAGAGGCUGCAGGGUGAACUCAGCCAGAAUGGAGAGGAGGAGCCCGAGACGGAGCCGGGCGGAGAGGAGUGUGUCUCAGAGGCGGAGAAGAUGGCCAUGGGUCUCAAGGACCCCAACCGCCCCCGCUUCACCCUGCAGGAGCUGCGGGACGUGCUGCACGAGAGGAACGAACUCAAGUCCAAGGUGUUUUUGUUGCAGGAGGAGCUGGCGUACUAUAAGAGUGAAGAAAUAGAAGAGGAAAAUCGAAUACCCCAACCUCCACCGGUCGCCCACCCGAGAAUGUCCCCCCAGCCGGAGUCUGGGAUCAAGCGACUACUGUUCUACAAAGGACUCUGGGCCCUUCUCCCCUUCACUGUGGCCUCUGUCUGCUCAGCAAGACCUGGGGCUCCGAGACUGGGCAGAGAAGCCGCUGGAAUUGGGGAGCCAGAGAGCGAGAAACACACAGAGGGGGAGAGAGAAAUCAGAAUCCCCCCGUCCACAGGGUGCAGGUGGCCAGUCCCGUGGCCACCCCAGCCUUCUAGGGGAUGACUAGAAGAUCAGACUGGCACAAAAGGCUUUUGACCAGCCCAGGCAGGACACUGGUCGCCUUUGUCCACCUCGGCUGCUGACAGAACUGUCAGUGUGGCCUGUGAGCCCAGAGCCAGGGGCCGGGACGAAUCUUUCCUGGGGCUGGGGCAGGGAAUGGGGCUCUUAACGUGGCUUCACGCCCGCCUCCCUUCCCAUCCCUCACACCUCUGGCACCAUCGGGGUCCGCUUGUCCCUCGGUCCUUGCUUUUGUGGAAUACGAAUCACACAGCCUCUUUAGUACAGGACCUGGCUGCUUCCUAGCUCAACCUCAUGCCCUUGACCGGUUUUUUCCACCCACCAGUGUGUGAGCAGUACCUACCCUGGAGGUCUGGAGGGGCUCCAUCAGCUUAGAGCACCUACACUGAGGUAUCUUCCCCCUGGUCAGAGACUCAGAGCUGGGAGACUUAGCCCCACUUCUCAGAUGAAUAUCGGGCCCAGAGAAGCCCACUGACUUCAUUUAGAUCGUACCAUUGGGAAGGGUCAGAGGUGGGGUUUGAAUCGUGCCUUCUGUGUACCUCCCACCGCCCGUUUCCUUGCCCCAUUCCUGAGUCACCAGCUGUGGGCCGACCGCCCAGUCCCUUCUGUCCCAAGUGCACCACAAGCCAGGGACGUCAGCGUCUACGUUUCUGGGCUGAACCGGCGAAGGGAACCAGAAACUCCUGUCACCAGUUAAAACUGUGCCCAGAAGACGGUCCAAGAAAAGCUUGUGACUGAGCAGCUGCCGGCCGGAGAGUCCAGGUUGGCACUGCCUGGGAAGGUCACGAGGGAGCGCUGAGUGACUCCAGUCUUGUCCCCAGCGGCCACCAGGCACCAGCGCCCCCUUUGUGUGGCCUCUGUCUCUCCGUUACAGAGGUACACACAGCACCCAGCUGUCUGCUGAGCAGGGGCGGAGGGGCCGGCCAGGGAGGCAGGGCGCAGGCAACGGUUGUUAUGCGCCCGAGAGGUUGGCCUCAGAGGAGGCAGCCACCCGAGUAUCAGACACUAGUCCCUGUCCUCCUACCCACCGCCCUCCUUGCUUCAGCCCAGAAAUAGCUUCCUCACAGCCGCCCAUUGCACUGCCUGAAAUGCCACUGUUAGAACUGCAUUUGGUUUGCAUCUUCCAGAAAUAAUCAGUGGGGAGGGAGAAGGUAAAGCCAGCCACACCAUAUUCAGACAUAAACUUUUGACCAAAAUAAGCCAGUCUUUUUUUUUUUUUUAAUGCUUAUUUAUUUUUGAGAGAGAGAGAGAGAGAAAGAGACAAAGCACAAGCAGGGGAGGGGCAGAGAGAGUGGGAG